GUACACUGGUGUUUGGUCGGAGUAGCUGGUGUGUGUGGACCCGUGGAAAUGUGAGUGCUUUGCAUGCACAGUCCAGCUGGAGGGUUUGUGAAGACAGUGAGUGCAGCUACUGGAGUCAUGGUUGCCCGGUUCUUAAUUGCAAGGUUUUUACUGCUUUAUGUUUUGAGUGAUGUGAACUAUUCCUCAGCUCUUCCCAAAGCCACAAGUUCUGUGCAGCCUAGAACGUGGCAGGGUGGAAGAGGGGAACAAGAUGUAUGGAAAUCCUCGCCCUUUCCAAUACAUGAGGGCUCUGAGGCCGACAGAUCCACAGAUCUACCCUAAUGUGCGUAAUCAGAUUCAAGUCGAAUCCCCAAGAUCAUAUCAGCAACGCUCUAAUAUUCCCACCAACAGACCCAUGGAAACAUCGCUGGUCCAGCCACGAGCACACAGAAACAAUCUUGUGGCCAAGCCCAGGAGCUUUGACAUAAGCCUGAGGAUUCCUUUUGCUCACUCUCAUGAUCGUGCUAAUCCUCCUCGGUACGGACCAAGCGGCCUUACUAUUGACAAGAGUUUUAAUAAUCCCCGCAGAGACCAUGCCCAUGAUCCUUCAAACCUGGGCUACCAGUUCAGCUUAUCCAUUCCCUUUUCACAUGGUUCUCCACGCCCUCCAGGUAGCCAGGAACAUCACGGUGGAUGUCGACACAGGCCUGAGAAAGAUGAUUUGAGUCGUCAAACAGAGCAUUUGCCAGUUCACACAAGGCUGUACCCUGACCAGCAUCAUGAUGAAGGCCGCCUGCAGGAGUUUGCAUUUCCGAAGCCAGCUGGAGAAGAACACCCAUCAAGGCCACGUCAUCCUCAAAGAUAUGCCGACCCUUACAGUGGAUACUACAACUUCCAGAUGAAUCCUACGUGGAAUAACUACUAGUGGCAUUACCGUGGACCUCAUUGGGGUCAUGUAAAGCAUCCAUCUUCUGACCCUUGGCCAAAUUUCCAUCGGUCAGCUUCAGACUGGCAUGGAUGGAAGACAUGACCCAAACUCACAGGGCAGAGGUGGGUCAUUAGU